AUGGGCCACGGAGGCAACAAUGUCAUCCCGAAUGUGCACUUCCGCAAGGUCAACGGCAUGAUGGGCCCUGGCCGGUGGAACCGCCACAUGAUGAAGACGUGGUUGGACCAGGCCGGCCGCAAGAAGCGCCGCGCCCUGAACCGCAAGAAGCGCGCGGCGAAACUCUCGCCCCGUCCAGCCGCCGGGCUGUUGAGGCCAGUGGUGCACCCGCCCACGCAGCGGUACAACAUGAAGCUCCGCUUGGGCAAGGGUUUCACCCUCGACGAGUUGCGCGAGGCGAAGAUCCCAGUGAAGAAGGCCAUGACCAUCGGCAUCGCCGUGGACCACCGCCGCCGCAACCGUUGCGCCGAGAGCCUGCAGGUCAAUGUCGAUCGUCUGAAACUGUACAUGUCCAAGCUGCUGGUCUUCCCCCGCAAGUCUGGCAAGAAGGGCGUCAAGAAGGGCGACACGCCCAAGUCGGAGCUGCAGAACGUCGCGCAAAACACCCUCAAGGAGAUCAUCCCGAUCCCCAAGCCCAGCACGGAGAUCGAGUCCCGCGCCAUCACCGCCGCCGAGAAGGAGGCGUCCGCUUACAAGAAGCUCAAGAAGGCUCGCACGGACCUCAAGUACGACGGCGCCAAGCGCAAGAAGGCCAACGCGGGCAAGGAGGAGUCGUGA